AUGUCCGACUCUCUAGCUUUGCCUUCCUUCCUCACGGACAAUUCCGUGGCCGCGGCCUUCAAGGAUGCAUACACCUCGUUCUCCGAGCGCAGGGCCGCCCUCGGCCUUCCCAACCCUGGCACCCUGGAUAACAUCUCCCGGGAGGUGCAGAAGGAUGUCCUGCUGUCCAACUUCAUGUUCACCGGUCUCCGGGCGGACCUGACCAAGGUUUUCGGCAUGUCUCCUCUGUUCCGUGUGUCGCAUGCUUUCUCCAUGGGCGGAUCCGGCAACAUGCCCCCAUACAACUUCUCCGCCAUGUACGGAAGUCCUAAGGUCUUCAUGCAAGGCAACCUCGGAAGCGAUGGAGGUCUCGCUGCUGUCGGCAACUACCGUUGGACCCCCAAGUUUGUCACCAAGACCAACACUCAGAUCAUGCCCGGUGGCCAGGGUUUGAUGCAGCUUGAUAAUGACUACACCGGCGACGAUUUCUCCGCGUCUCUCAAGGCUUUCAACCCCUCUUACUUGGAGGGCGGUCUUACCGGUAUCUUCGUCGGAAGCUAUCUCCAGUCUGUUACUCCCAACCUGGCUCUUGGUUUCGAGGCUAUCUGGCAGCGCCAGGCCAUGAACGCUCGUCCUGAAUCUGCUCUCUCCUACGGUGCCCGCUACAAGACCGCCGACUGGAUUGCCAGUGCUCAGCUGCAGGCUCAGGGUGUCAUCACCGCCUCCUACUGGAAGAAGCUCUCCGAGCGUGUUGAGGCUGGUGUUGACAUGAACCUCCAGUUCGCUCCUAACGCUGCUGCUGCUCUCAUGGGUGGUCCCAGCCGUGACGGCACCACUGCCAUUGGCGCCAAGUACGACUUCCGUGCUUCCACUUUCCGUGCUCAGGUCGACAGCACCGGAAAGGUCAGCUGCCUUCUGGAGAAGCGGAUAGCUAUGCCCAUCGCUCUUACUUUUGCCGGUGAGAUCGAUCAGGCCAAGCAAACGGCCAAGCUCGGUCUUGCUGUUUCCCUUGAGAUCGCGGGCGAGGAACUGAUGGAGCAGCAAGAGAAGAUGAGCCCUGAGGACAUGGUCCCUCCUCCCUUCUAA